UGCUUCUUCACCUGUAACCCUCCAACAUCCAAGGGCAGGAAGUCUUCAAAGAUUAGCGCAUCAGAUGCCACAGAUUGCUUGAUGAAGUUCAUGAGGGUGGGGAGAAGCUUUGAGACCUUCCUCAAGGAAAAUGGCCCUGCUCAGCCUUUUCUCCUGUGUGUCGGGGAAAGAAAGAACAGUAUCCAGAAUUUCUACAAUGUCUUGGACCAGAAGGUUCCCAAUGUUGAACAUGUCCACCCCCAGCGAGCUAAAGCCUCCCUGCGUGACUCGCAAUGGUAUGGUGAAGUUGCCCUCCAGCCAGCCCAACGGUCUGGGCAGUGCGAGUAUCACUAAGGGGACACCUGCUGCAAAGAACCGCCUGUGCCAGUCCUCAUCUGUACCCUCCAUCCUGCCCCCUCCACCGUCGUCCCUUCCCUACCACCACCACCACCACCUGGACAGCCCUGGCAUGCCCAAUUCAGCAGCCUCUCUCUUGGGCUCUGACUUGGAGCCUGGAAUGCCUCUAGUGAGCUUGAAGCCGUCCUUUCGUCAGCUUCCCCCUCUCACUCUACCGAAACCCAUGUUACUGGAGCGCCAGCUUGUCCUGGAUGAGAAGCUGCUCAACCGAUUGCUCUGGUACUUCACCACAGCUGAAAAAUGUGUGCUGGCACAGGUAUGCAAGACAUGGCGCAAGGUGCUGUACCAGCCGAAGUUCUGGGAGGGAGUGACACCCAUCUUGCAUGCAAAGGAGCUAUAUACCCUGCUGCCCAAUGGGGAGAAGGAGUUUGUCAGUCUGCAGGCCUUUGCCCUGCGUGGCUUCCAAUCUUUCUGCUUAGUGGGCGUGUCAGACCUGGACAUUUGUGAGUUCAUCGACAACUACCCGCUGUCCAAGAAAGGUGUUCGCUCAGUCAGCCUCAAGAGGUCUACCAUCACAGAUGCCGGUUUGGAGGUUAUGUUGGAGCAAAUGCAAGGCCUGAUGCACCUUGAACUCUCAGGCUGCAAUGACUUUACAGAGGCCGGCCUGUGGUCCAGUCUGAAUGCCCGGCUAACUUCCCUCAGUGUCAGUGACUGCAUCAAUGUGGCGGAUGACGCCAUUGCUGCUAUCUCACAGCUCCUGCCCAACCUAUCAGAGUUGAGCCUGCAAGCCUACCACGUCACUGACACGGCCAUGGCCUAUUUCACAGCCAAACAGGGCUACACCACCCACACUCUGCGACUUCACUCCUGCUGGGAGAUCACCAAUCAUGGUGUGGUCAACAUGGUGCACAGCCUUCCCAACCUGACUGCCCUCAGCCUCUCUGGCUGCUCUAAGAUCACUGACGAUGGAGUGGAGCUGGUUGCUGAGAACCUGCGUAAGCUUCGCAGCCUGGACCUGUCCUGGUGCCCUCGGAUCACAGACAUGGCCCUGGAAUACAUUGCCUGUGACCUGCAUAAACUGGAAGAACUGGUGCUAGACAGAUCGUGCACGAAAAGGAGGGGCUGUUCAUAGACACUUCGAUAUGGAGCCUGGAGGAACCAGGGAUUGAACUACCUUAUGAUUAGUGGGCAACCUGCUCGACCUCCUAAGCCAUAGCCGCCAAAACAUUAUUUUGAACGCAGUGUUUGUGUUGUGUUUUUGUAUUUAUUUUUGAGUUUUUAAAAAAAUGAGCCACAUUUUCAGAAAGUGUGUAAACAACUGA